CACCCUGUCUUCUUGGCAUCUCUUUUGUUCACUCUCCAUGUUCAGACAGAGUCGGUAAAUACGUAUAUUGUCCAUAUGGACAAGUCCUUCAUGCCCAAAAUCGUUACUAGCCAUCAUAGCUGGUACUCGUCGACAGUUGAUUCUCUGAAAUCAAGAAACAAUGCCUCAUCGAGCAACCCUCGAUCCUCAACAUCUCUCAUAUACUCUUACGAUAGUGGAGCUCAUGGUUUUAGCGCUGUUCUAUCCCCUGAUGAACUAGAAAGACUAAAGAAGUCUCCAGGAUUUGUCUCAGCUUAUACUGACAGGAGGGUCACUCUUGACACAACACAUACCCCUGAAUUCCUGUCACUCAACCCUUGCUCCGGGCUGUGGCCUGCUUCAAACAAUGGGGAAGAUAUCAUUGUUGGUGUUAUUGACUCUGGUGUUUGGCCAGAGAGUAACAGCUACAAUGGUGGCAUGACUCCAGUUCCACCCAGGUGGAAAGGUAAACGCGAGGAAGAACAGGAAUUCAACUCCUCCAUGUGUAACUUGAAGUUAAUUGGAGCUAAAUACUUCAACAAAGGUGUGAUUGCAGCAAAUCCCGGAAUCAACAUAAGCAUGAAUUCUGCUAGAGACACUGAUGGUCAUGGAACACAUACUUCCUCCACUGCUGCUGGGAACUAUGUCAAAGAUGGAGUAUCAUUUUUUGGUUAUGCUAAAGGUACGGCAAGAGGAAUGGCCCCACGUUCCAGGGUGGCCAUGUACGAGGUCCUAUCGGAUAAGGGGCGCUACUCAGCUGAUGUUCUUGCUGGUAUGGACGAGGCUAUUGAUGAUGGUGUCGAUGUGAUUUCAAUAUCUAUGGGGUUUGAUGGAGUGCCAUUGUACGAGGAUCCUAUUGCAAUUGCUUCAUUUGCUGCUAUGGAGAAAUGUGUGGUAGUCUCAUCAUCGGCUGGAAAUGAGGGGCAAGGGACCUUGCACAAUGGAAUCCCAUGGGUCAUGACAAUUGCAGCUGGUACCAUGGAUCGUUCUUUUGCUGGAAUUGUGUCUCUAGGUAAUGGGAAAACCAUCACCGGAUGGACCAUGUUUCCCGCAAGUGCUUUACUUCAAGACUUUCCAUUGAUUUACAACAAAAGUUUAUCAGCAUACAAUUCAAGCCUAUUGUUAUCUGACGGCCCGUAUGGGAUCAUCAUAUCUGACAAUACCGGUUCUCUCUAUAAUCAAAUAGCACGUAUGUCAAAGGCGGAAGGAGCAAUAUUUAUUUCUAAUAAACCUGAAUUUCACCGUAUGCCCUGUCCUGGUGUUGUGAUUAGCACCGAGGAUGCACCUGCUCUUAUCAAAUAUGCCACAAGUAAUAAGGAUGCUACAGCUAGCAUUAAGUUUCAACAGAAUUUAGGGACAAAGCCUGCACCAGGCGCGGCCUCUUACACUUCAAGAGGUCCUUCACCAAGCUAUCCUGGUAUCUUAAAGCCAGAUAUAAUUGCACCCGGUUCUGUUGUUUUAGCUGCUUAUAAUCCAAACAAUUAUGCAGCUACAAUAGGGAAUUAUAUUGCCUUAUCCAGUAACUUUGCUAUGCUCUCUGGAACAUCCAUGGCUUGUCCGCAUGCUACUGGUAUAGCCGCACUCUUACAAGGUGCACAUCCUGAGUGGAGUGCAGCUGCUAUAAGGUCAGCCUUGGUGACUACCGCAAAUUCAUUAGAUAACACUAUGAAACCGGUCAGGGACAAUGGCGACGAAAAUUUGUCUUCUGCUUCGCCUUUAGCCAUGGGAGCAGGCCAAAUUGAUCCAAAUCAAGCACUUGAUCCAGGUUUGAUCUACGAUUUAAAACCACAGGAAUACGUAAAUCUUUUGUGCGCCAUGAAUUUCACCCAGAAAUAAAUCUUGACCAUCACAAGAUCAAAGAGCUACAACUGCUUGAAUACUUCCUCUGAUCUUAAUUAUUUUUUAGUUAAUUUUUUAGUAGCUCGAUUUUUAUCUCGAAUCGAACUAGAGUUAAAAUACGAGGAGUUGAAGAAGAGAGGAGACAUGGAAGAAUCUGAUGAAGAAUCUUCUGAAGAAGUUGAUGAUGAAGAAGAUUACAGCGAUCAAAUUACUCUCAGAAAGGAAGAUGAAGAUUUUUUUAAAGCUUUAAUUAGGGUAAGUCCUAGUGUCACGUCUUGGGUGGGGGCACCAAGCACAUCAGGCUCACCAGCACGCGCACCUGAGGUUAAGGCCCGUGCACCUGACAUUGGAAGAGCAUGUAGACCACUUGAGGUAGGUGUUCGAGGUGUUUCGGGCGUACAAGCUAUUUGUCAAAAGGGAGAAGUGCUCGUUUGCCUAAUAAGAGAUCCCAUUCCUAGGCCACAUAGUGGAAGAUGCUUUAUCAAAGGCCACUCAAUUGAGUGCAAGUACACGAUCCAAAAGAAAGAGAUGACUGCAGUAGUGCACUACUUGCGCACUUGGCGUCAUUACCUAUUGAGGUCGAAGUUCGAGGUUAGGACAGACAAUGUGAUAGAGUACAAGCAAGGACGGGCGAACUUGGUGGCAGACUCCCUGAACAGAAAGGCUAACCUUGCUGCCAUUAAUCAGAGGGGACAAGGUGGAGCUCAAAAAAUUAAGCGGUCUCUUAGAGCCAUUGUCAGUGUCAAAGCGACUAUAGGAAAUGAUUGGGACAAACGUUUUAUGGAUAGGUUUUGGACUGAGUUGUUCAAGUUGUUGGGGCACUAUAUGAGUGCCACGCAAAAGGACUGGCCAAAGCUGCUAGAUGCAGCAAAAAAGUCGAAGAAGUGGGCAGACCAGAAUAGAUGGGACGUGCAGUUUCAGGUAGGAGACUUGGUUUUGGUGAAGCUGCAUCCCAUUGUGCGUCACAGGACGCUACACAAAGAUCUAGUUCAGAGCAUGCUCAAGUCGUUUCAUGAGGAUAAGAGAGAUUCAGGAUGGGCAGAGUCAAAACGUGCAACAUUGGGAACAAAGACCUCAUAUGAGAAAAAGGUGAGAAGUCGUGACCCUAGAUUGAAGGAAAAAGAUGUCAAGCUUUUUGAGUCUGAUGACGAUGAAAGCCCCGAACAAGAAGAAAGUGAACAGAAAGAAAUGGAAGAUAAGAAAGCAAUGUAUUUGAAAGAUGUGGUUGCAAAGCACGUGAUUGAAGAAGGGCCGGAUUUUCAGGAACAGGAUGCUGUUGUUCAGCAAAAAAAGAAGGUAAAGACUUAUGACAAAGAACAAGAAAGGAUAAAGAAGACUACUUUGGAUGCAGCACAAGAAUUUGACAAUAAGGCUAAUGGGGAUUUCUUGAGAGUAAAGGAAAAAAAGGGUAAAGAUAAGAAGAGGAAAGAUGGUAAUCUCGUGAUUGAUAAUGAGGUAGUGGAUGAGGAGUUAGGGAUGAGGAGGAGAUUGAGAGGCAAGAGGGGUAUGAGUUGGAGUAUAACUUCAGGCAUGAGGAGAAUGCUAAGGAUAGAAAUGAGGAAGGUUAUGGAGAUUGCACGCAUUAAGAAAGAUGAGGAGUGUCCAUUCAGUGCAAAGGAUUUGGAGGAGGUAUUUGAUCCUGAGGAGUAUGAUAAGAUGAUGAAAGCUGUAUUUGAUUUGGACUAUGAGGAUACAAUUGGAGACUUGAAAACGAGAUUGAAAUAUGUCAAGAUCAAACCUAAUAGGUAUGGGUUGAAGCCUAAAGAUAUUUUAGCAUUGGAUGAGAAAGAGUCAAACCAGGAUGUUUCUUUGAAGAAUCUUGCUCCAUAUAUGGAUAAGGAAUGGAAGGUCCCAAUAGCCGGUAAGAAGAGGUCAAGAGAUGCUGCUGAGCAAUCGACUUCAAGAUUUGGUGGUGGCAAGGAAGAUAAGAAUGCAAAAUUGGAGGAUUCAGAUGGUGGUAUGAAGCAUUUAUCUAAACAGGGCAAGAAAAAGCGUGUCAAGUGCAGUGGUCCUUGUGAACUGCAAAUGAAAGGAAAAGCAAUAAAAUCAUAUCAGUAUACAUAUUAUCGAUUGAUUUUCCUUGAAACUUAUGAAAUGGAAGAAAUUGAGUUUGAGAGAAUGGGAAUGGCCAUCAUUAUUUACAACUUGCCGUUCGGGUACCGUUUAAUCCUAGAGAAGGAAAAAAAUGACACGAUUAAAUGGAAACCGUCUUAUUUGUUGUCCAAGAAAAAAAUGGGGUUUUUAAAUGGGAUUUGUCAUCUAAACUGUCUGCUCUCUGUCUUCCUGGCAUCUCUUUUUUUCACUCUCCAUGUUCAGGCAGAGUCAGUAAAUACAUAUAUUGUCCAUAUGGACAAGUCCUUCAUGCCCAAAAUCUUUACUAGUCAUCAUAGCUGGUACUCCUCCACAGUUGAUUCUCUGAAAUCAAGAAACAUUGCCUCAUCGAACGACCCUCGAUCCUCACCAUCUCUCCUAUACUCUUACGAUAGUGGAGCUCAUGGUUUUAGCGCUGUUCUAUCCCCUGAUGAACUAGAAAGACUAAAGAAGUCUCCAGGAUUUGUCUCAGCUUAUACUGACAUGAGGGUCACUCUUGACACAACCCAUACCCCUGAAUUCCUGUCUCUCAACCCUUACUCCGGGCUGUGGCCUGCUUCAAACUAUGGGGAAGAUAUCAUUAUUGGUGUUAUUGACUCUGGUGUUUGGCCAGAGAGUAACAGCUACAAUGAUGAUGGCAUGACUCCAGUUCCAUCCUGGUGGAAAGAUAAAUGCGAGGAAGGACAGGAAUUCAACUCCUCCAUGUGUAACUUGAAGUUAAUUGGAGCUAAGUACUUCAACAAAGGUGUGAUUGCAGCAAAUCCCGGAAUCAAAAUAAGCAUGAAUUCUGCUAGAGACACUGCUGGUCAUGGAACACAUACUUCCUCCACUGCUGGUGGGAACUAUGUCAAAGAUGGAGUAUCAUUUUUCGGUUAUGCUAAAGGUACGGCAAGAGGUAUGGCCCCACGUUCCAGGGUGGCCAUGUACAAGGUCCUAUGGGAUGAGGGGCGCUACUCAGCUGAUGUUCUUGCUGGUAUGGACGAGGCUAUUGCUGACGGUGUCGAUGUGAUUUCAAUAUCUAUGGGGUUUGAUAAAGUGCCAUUGUACAAGGAUCCCAUUGCAAUUGCUUCCUUUGCUGCCAUGGAGAAAGGUGUGGUAGUCUCAUCAUCGGCUGGAAAUUAUGGGCCAAAUUUAGGGACCUUACACAAUGGAAUCCCAUGGGUCAUAACAGUUGCAGCUGGUACCAUUGAUCGUUCUUUUGCUGGAAUUGUGUCUCUAGGAAAUGGGAAAACCAUGACAGGGUGGACCUUGUUUCCUGCGAGUGCUUUAGUUCAAGACUUUCCAUUGAUUUACAACAAAAGUUUAUCAGCAUGCAAUUCAAGCCUAUUGUUAUUAGACGCCCCGGAUGGGAUCAUCAUAUGUGACAAUACCGGUUCUCUCUAUACUCAAAUAGCACGUAUGUCAAAGGCGCAAGGAGCAAUAUUUAUUUCUGAUGAACCUGAAUUAGACAGUAUGCCCUGUCCUGGUGUUGUGAUUAGCACUGAGGAUGCACCUGCUCUUAUCAAAUAUGCUACAAGUAAUAAGCAUGCUACAGCUAGCAUUAAGUUUCAACAGACAAUUUUAGGGACAAAGCCUGCACCAGCCGUGGCAUCUUACACUUCAAGAGGUCCUUCACCGAGCUAUCCUGGAAUCUUAAAGCCAGAUAUAAUGGCACCCGGUUCUGUUGUUUUGGCUGCUUAUAAUCCGAACAAUUAUGCAGCUACGAUAGGGAAUUAUAUAGUCUUAUCUAGUAACUUUGCUAUGCUCUCUGGAACAUCCAUGGCUUGUCCGCAUGUUUCUGGUAUAGCCGCACUCUUAAAAGGUGCACAUCCUGAGUGGAGUGCAGCUGCUAUAAGGUCGGCCUUGGUGACUACUGCAAAUCCAUUAGAUAACACUAUGAAACCAAUCAGGGACAAUGGCGAUGAAAAUUUGUCUUCUGCUUCGCCUUUAGCCAUGGGAGCAGGCCAAAUUGAUCCAAAUCAAGCACUUGAUCCAGGUUUGAUCUACGAUGCAACCCCACAGGACUACGUGAAUCUUUUGUGCGCCAUGAAUUUCACCCAGAAACAAAUCUUGACCAUCACAAGAUCAAAGAGCUACAACUGCUUGAAUCCAUCUUCUGAUCUUAAUUACCCAUCUUUUAUUGCUUUAUACAAUCCUAAUGUCACGAAAACUACAAGCAAAAUAUUCCGCAGGACUGUGACAAAUGUGGGAGAAGGCGUUACAACUUACAAGGUUAAGAUAGUGCAGCCUGGGGGUUCAACAAUUGCUGUUUCGCCAGAGACAUUGGUCUUUGGAAAAACAUAUGAGAAGCAAAGCUUUAGUGUGACUAUAAGUUACAGCAGUAACAAGAAGGGGAAAGUUUCAUUUGGAGAACUUGUUUGGGUUGAAGAAAAUGGAAAACACAAGGUCAGGAGCCCUGUUGUUGUGUCACCUGUUGUAAUUUCCUGAGAGGAUUUAUUAGGUGCUUUAGGGUUAAGAUUAAUGUCUAAGUACAAGAAUUGAAAUAGUUUAAGCAAAUAUAAGUCCUGAAUAAUAUGCUUUUUCACCGUCUAUAUUCAUAGUUAACAUUUUCUCUAGUUCAAAAUGUCUAAUUUUCAGCAAUACUUAAUUAUUAAGAUGCGACAUGUGGAUAACCAUUAUUUUCUCCAUCUCCAUUCCCAAAGUUCAUUUCUUAUGAUUUUAUAUUAAGGCCAAUCAGUUCCAAGGAUUCAAUUUUGUCCACAAGCCAUUUCUUUGACGACAUUAUCGAUCAUCUAUGCCUUUCAACAAUGUAAAAAAUGAGCAAAAAUAUGUCAGUCAUGUUGAUAUCUUGCAAGUUUUGCUCUGAAAGGACUUCCCAUAUGGGACAAUUAUUUAAGAAAUUGACUGGCUACUGCCAGCAACCCUGAAAGCACUUUGCUUCUAAAUUGUGGGUUUUAACUGACCUUUUUCAAAAAUUGACAACCUUCUUUUUUUUUUUUUUUCCUUUAUUUUGUUUGAUUUGGCACUGUUGUAACGAUUAUAAAAAAAUAAUAAUAAAAAACUUUCUAUCUUGCUUAGCGUGCCAGCAAAGAUUCCUUGUGAGGAAGUUUCUUCUGGGAAAGACAUGUUCAUGCGUGUUAGAUUUUUUUUUUUUUUCCUUCAAUCAAAAACUCUUUUCGAAUUCACAUACGCCAAGCCAUCUACUUCCAACAUUUAUCAAGAACAAGAGCUUCACCAGUUACCCUUUUUCAACAGAAAUAUUUUUGAAGAUCUUUCUCCCCAAGAAAAACAAUCCCAACUGAACCUAUCCCUAAUGAUCUGUUUGCUUUGAGAAAUACAAAAAAGGAAGCAAAAAAAUUGAGUAAAAGAUGAUAAGAAGGAUAAGCAGCCCUUUUUGUUUUCAGGCCAAAUCAUAUGCUAUAAUUCUAAUGUUCUUUGCAGUUUCAGUAGAGCUAAGUCAGUCAUAAAUGAUUCUACGCAGCCAAAGUUACAAACAAAAAAAAAAAAAAAAGGAAAAAAACAAAAUAUUCUUGUUCUGCAUACGCCCAAAGUGCUUUUUUUUUCCAGUACUUAAUGCUAUAUGAAGUAUAAAUUAGUUAUAUUACUGCUUUCAUGAACUAAUCAAAUAAUUUUUUUUUAUAUAUUGAGGCUGUUGAAUUAUCCCUAUCACUGGAAUUAAAGAAAUAAAUUCAUGUCAUUAUAAAGUAUUAAAAACUAUGGCCGGGGCUAUAUAUAAUAAUGUGGAAUAAUUUCCGGAUAUGAAAACAAGUAAAAAUCCAUUUUUUUUAA